AGCCGCAUAAUAUAUAUAUAAGCAGUCGCAGCUUCGCUUCAAGGAUUCUCUUCCCUGUGUCCCGCGCGCCAUGAGCCGCCCGCUCUGCAACCACUACGCCGCCCUCCUCUCCUCCGCCGCCGCCGGCUGGAGCGGGGCUCACGUAGCAAGCGCAGUCCACUGCCUCAUCCUCAGGACACUCCCGCACCCACCGCCCACCUACCUCCUCAACCACCUUCUCACCGCAUACGGCAAGUCCGGGCGCCUCGCGCGCGCUCGCCGCCUGUUCGACGCAAUGCCUCAGCCGAACCUCUUCACCUACAACGCGCUCCUUUCCGCGCUCGCCCACUUCAGGCUCUUGGAAGACAUGGAGAGGCUCUUCGCGUCCAUGCCCGAGCGUGACGUCGUCUCCUACAACGCGCUCAUCACCGGUUUCUCUGGCGGUGGUUCCCCUGCGCGGGCGGCCGGGGCGUACCGUGCGUUGCUCCGGGAGGACAGCGUCAGGCCUAGCCGGAUCACGUUGUCGGCCAUGGUCAUGGUAGCGUCAGCCUUGGGCGACCGUGCCCUCGGUAGGCAGGUGCAUUGCCAGAUUCUGCAGCUUGGGUUCGGGGCGUACGCUUUCGUCGGGAGCCCUUUGGUCGAUAUGUAUGCCAAAAUUGGCCUCAUCGGGAAUGCCAAGCGGGUCUUCGAUGAAAUGGAGGGCAAGAAUGUGGUGAUGCAUAAUACGAUGAUCACAGGGCUGCUCCGGUGCAAGAUGGUAGAGGAGGCAAGGGGGUUGUUUGAAGUGAUGGCGGACAGGGAUUCCAUUACUUGGACCACGAUGGUUACAGGGUUGACGCAAAACGGAUUAGAGUCAGAGGCUCUGGAUGUUUUCAGGAGAAUGAGGGCAGAGGGCGUCGGCAUUGAUCAGUACACUUUCGGAAGCACCCUUACAGCCUGUGGUGCUCUUUCUGCCUUGGAACAGGGGAAACAGAUCCAUGCCUACAUAAUCAGGACAUGGUACGAUGACAAUGUUUUUGUUGGGAGUGCACUUGUUGAUAUGUACUCAAAGUGCAGGAGCAUCAGAUCGGCAGAAACUGUUUUCAGGAGGAUGACAUGCAGAAACAUCAUCUCCUGGACUGCGAUGAUUGUUGGCUAUGGACAGAAUGGGUGCAGCGAGGAGGCUGUGAGGGUGUUCUCUGAGAUGCAAAGAGAUGGCGUUAAGCCUGACGAUUUCACCCUAGGAAGUGUUGUAAGCUCUUGCGCGAACCUUGCAAGCCUAGAGGAGGGUGCCCAGUUCCACUGCCUAGCGCUUGUGUCAGGAUUGAUGCCAUAUAUCACAGUGUCCAAUGCACUAGUUACCUUGUAUGGGAAAUGUGGUAGCAUUGAAGAUGCAUGCAAAUUGUUUGAUGAGAUGUCAUUUCACGAUCAGGUCUCCUGGACAGCCCUUGUCUCUGGUUAUGCUCAAUUUGGCAAGGCAAAAGAAACUAUAGAUUUGUUCGAGAAGAUGUUGGCUAAGGGGGUGAAGCCUGAUGGAGUAACAUUUAUUGGUGUUCUUUCUGCUUGUAGCCGUGCCGGGUUUGUAGAGAAAGGCCACAGCUACUUCCAUUCCAUGCAGAAGGACCAUUGUAUUGUGCCCAUAGAUGAUCACUAUACAUGUAUGAUUGACUUGUAUAGCAGAUCUGGGAGGUUAAAAGAAGCUGAGGAGUUCAUAAAGCAAAUGCCGAUGCGCCCUGAUGCAAUUGGAUGGGGAACAUUGCUGAGCGCUUGUAGGUUGCGUGGUGACAUGGAAAUUGGCAAAUGGGCUGCUGAGAAUCUCUUGGAAAUCGAUCCCCAGAACCCAGCUAGCUAUGUGUUGUUGUGCAGCAUGCAUGCUGCUAAAGGCCAAUGGAGCGAGGUUGCCCAGCUAAGGCGUGGAAUGAGAGACAGACAAGUGAAGAAGGAGCCAGGCUGUAGCUGGAUCAAGUAUAAGAACAAAGUUCACAUCUUUUCAGCUGACGACCAGUCUCACCCCUUCUCCAGGAUAAUUUAUGAAAAGCUCAAGUGGCUAAACUCCAAGAUUGUUGAAGAAGGAUACAAGCCUGAUGUCAAUUCAGUGCUGCAUGAUGUGGGAGAUGCUGAUAAGGUUCACAUGCUCAGCCACCACAGCGAGAAGCUUGCAAUUGCCUUUGGAUUAAUAUUUGUUCCUCAGGAAAUGCCAAUUCGUAUUGUCAAGAAUCUACGGGUUUGUGUGGAUUGUCACAAUGCUACCAAGUUCAUAUCUAAGAUAACAGGCCGUGAUAUUCUUGUGAGGGAUGCUGUCAGAUUUCACAAUUUCAGCAAUGGUGUAUGCUCUUGUGGAGACUUCUGGUGAUGCUUGGGUGAAGCCAAGUAUGAAGUUUGAUUGGGAAUGGAAGUGUUACUGGAAGAAAGGAAACGAAAUGCUUGGGUGAAGCCAAGCAAGUAAUUGUGGGCUUGUGGCCAUCAGAAUGGCUUUAUGUUCUUUUUUGAAAAUACAUGAGCUGCCUUUGUGGGA